CUUCGACGACUAUAAAAAUCUUCGGGUACUCCUAAGUUUCCCAGCUCAAUCAGUGCAAGAAUGCCGGCACUUUUGGCUGCCGUCGUCUAGAGCUCUCUCCAAGUCCAAGCCCUUGCCCCUCACACUCCCGCCGUCCCGCGAGGGCUUUGAUGCGGGUGGAGUCCAGCGGCGGCGUCCCUGAGCUGGAAGACAGCAGGUGGGCGCCGAGAGACGCCGGCGCGCAAGGCCGGCGGCGGCAGCGGCAGCGACGGCCGCGGCGCGGCGCGGGGGCGCCCCAACCGAUGGCCGCGCCCGCCACCGCCGUGCAGCGGCUCUUCGAGGCGUGCCGCGAGGUCUUCACCGGAGCUGGUCCAGGCGCGGUUCCACCGCCGGCCGGCGUCGAGAGGAUCAAGUCCGUUCUAGAUAGUAUCACAGCAGCAGAUGUUCGUCUAACAUCCAACAUGUCAUAUUUCCGACGUGUUGAUCCCCAUGGUACUCCAAAAAUCACUUACUUGCACCUAUACAAGUGUGAAGCUUUCUCGAUUGGCAUCUUUUGUUUGCCUUCAAGGGGUGUCAUUCCUCUACAUAAUCACCCUGGCAUGACUGUGUUCAGCAAGCUUUUGUUUGGUGCCAUGCAUAUAAAAUCUUAUGACUGGGCUGCUGCUCAACAAGAUACACCUGAUCAACUGCAAGGACCACAUUUGGCAAAGGUGAAGGUUGAUGGCAUCUUGACUGCACCCCAUGAAACAUUGGUACUAUAUCCAGAAGAUGGUGGUAAUAUGCAUUGCUUUACUGCACAAAAUGCUUGUGCAGUGCUUGAUGUCCUUGGCCCUCCAUAUGAUGAUGGUAGUGGAAGGCACUGUCAGUACUACAAUGUCGCUUCCUCUGCAAUUUCUGUUGCAGGCUCAACUAUAGUGCCUGGAGGUGACAGAUAUGAAUGGCUGGAGGAGAGCGAGCCACCACGAGAUUUUUAUCUUGUUGGAUCAACAUAUAUGGGCCCAAGAAUUUUGGAUCAUUGAACUCUAUGCCUGUGGGGAUGCUUAAUUUGGUUUCUUGGAGAACAUGAGUUUUGCAUACAUAUAUUCCUGAAAGAAGGUGACCAAAUGGAAAUUUGUACAUAGAUAACUGGAUCUCAAGGCCUCCAUUGAUUAUCGUUAACUGUUGGUCUUCAUUAAUUCAACUGGAAGACUGGAACUGCUUAGUAAGAACCAAUGAGAACAAGGAAAGUGCUUGCUAAAUAGGUUAUGCAUGUAGACCCCUGUUUAUACCCCCCUCCCUAGUUUUCUGUAUCUGCUGUCCCUAUCUGUUAGAGUGUGAUUCAAUCCUACUCAUUCUUGGGUUGGCAAAAUGUUGCCUGAUCUCCUUGGUGUCCUAUGCAUCUAAACUACCGAGGAAACCUUGGAACACCUCUUCUUUAAGUGUGUCUUCGUGCAAGCUUGAUGUCUCAGUCAUAAUCUUAGUGUUGACACCGGGGUUGAACCUUUUAUCACUUUGGAACAUUUCAAACAAUAGUUGGGAGUCCCUCUCUACAUGGAAAUUAUCAUACUACUGAGCUGGAGCAUUUGGGUCUCAAGGAAUGACCACAUCUUGCAAGGAAUUCUGUCGCCUAUAUCAAAAUUGCCGAGCCUUUUUCAAGGAAGAGUUUCCUCUGGUUACCCAAAGAGAGAAGAAGAAAUAUUUUCUUUUAUAGAAAAAUAGCUAGAGAGCCAAUUGUCAUCUUAUUAUAUCCUUUGUGUCCUGUUUUGUUUCCUGAUUUCUGCUGCUUAGGCAUAUCAAAUUGCCGAGCCAUUUUCAAGAAAGAGUUUGCUCUAUUUAUCCAAAGAGCGAAUAAGAAACAUUUUCCUUUUA